CCCUGCACUACUGCGCUUGCUCUAUGAACGUUUGCUACGCAGCGGCAGCGGUGUACGCGGAACGGAACACCAGGAAAUGCGGCCCAGUCGCCAGCACCCGAUGCCGUCACAGGCACCUGCGCUCCCGCUCCUCCUCCUCCUCCUCGCCGUUGCGCCGCCGCCGGCCGCCGCAGUGGGCGUGAACUGGGGCUUCGCGUCAUCUCACCCGCUCCCGGCGGAGCAAGUCGUGCACGGCCUCCUCCUCCCCAACUCCGUCACCCGCGUCCGCCUCUCCGCCGCCUCGCCCGACGCGCUCUCCGCCCUUGCCGGCACCGGCGUCGCCGUUACCGUCGGGGUCCCCAACGAGCUGCUCCGCCCCCUCGCCGCCUCGAGGAAGGCCGCCGCCGCCUGGGUCCACGACAACGUCACCCGCUACGCGUCCGCCGUACUGUUCGAGUAUAUUGCUGUUGGAGAUGAUCCAUUUCUUCUCAACCAUGGGCAGCAAUUUCAACCUUUCGUGGUUCAUGCAGCAGCAAAUAUUCAACAGGCACUGGAUGAUGCAAAGUUAUCCAAGAAGAUGAAAGUAGUCGUGCCUUGUAGCUCAGAUGCAUACCAGAACACAUCUACUCUGCCUUCAAAAGCUUACUUCAGGCCAGAUGUUAACAAAACCAUGGUUGAGCUCCUCCAGUUUCUUGCUAAUCACAGCUCACCAUUUAUGGUCGAGCUCAAUCCGAUUUUGAGCUUUCAACAGAAGAAGAAUAUUUCAUUGGAGUAUUACACUUUCCAACUGAUGUCACAUCCAAUAAUUGAUGGUCAUAACAAGUAUGAAAACUACUUUGACGCGAGCAUAGAUGCUUUAAUUACUGCUCUAACAAAAGCUGGCUUCAGUGACAUGGGCAUCGUUGUCGGGAGAGCGGGAUGGCCAACAGAUGGAGCUGCGAAUGCAACUCCAGCUAUUGCUCAAUCCUUCAUGACAGGCCUGGUCAACCACCUGGCAAGAAAAUCUGGUACUCCACUUCGCCCAAAAUUUGUUCCAACUGAGACAUACCUCUACAGCCUUUCAGAUGAAGAUCAAUGCAGUAUAGCAAGGGGAACUUAUGAGAGACACUACGGUAUUUUUACCUUCGAUGGCCAAGCCAAGUAUUAUGUCAACUUGGGUCAGGGUGCUAAAGCUCUCAAGAAUGCCCCUGAUGUGGACUAUCUUCCAUCGAAAUGGUGUGUGGUGGAUAACAACAAGGAUAUGUCCAGCAUUUCUUCCAGUUUUUCUGCCGCUUGCUCCAAUGCCGACUGUACUGCUCUGUCGCCUGGUGGUUCUUGUGCAGGUGUUGGCUGGCCUGGGAAUGUGUCAUAUGCAUUCAACAAUUACUAUCAGCAGCAUGAUCAGAGCGAGGAGAGCUGCACCUUCAAUGGCCUAGGUUUGAUAACAACUGUUGAUCCAUCCGUGGAUAACUGCCUCUUUGCUCUUGCAAUCCGCACAUCUGCUGCUUCCUCCUUUCAUCCAUCAUUGACCACGUUGUGGAUACUAGUUUUGUGGUUUUGCAUUUAUAGUUUAGCCUGAUGUAACUGCCCAGCCUAUUUUCUGAUGCCUUUUAAGGCCAAAUUGAGCCUUGAAGAUGUUCCUAUGUGCAUCUCGCAGCAUGUGCUAACUCAAAAUCUUUGUGAACCAUGUCAAGCACCAAGUAUUUCUGAAGUUGUGUAAAUUCCUACGUUGUACUCCUCAGACGAAAAUUCUAAUUUACCGGAGCCGGUACCUGCCAGAGUUUAA